AUGCGAAGAUCCUCAUCACCAAGAACUCCAAAAGAGAAUCUCCCGAAGUCCCCACAAAAAGUUCAUUUAUUACCUUCUUUUUCUCAGCCUGUAAUAGUCGGCUUAAGCCCAGUUUAUGAAAGAUUAAGCACAACAAGACGGCAAGAAAAAAAAAUCCCCAAAGAAGAAAAGGAAACGGAAUAUAAUAUUCUCUGCAUCAACUGUCAAAAUCUUGUAAAUGUUAAUAUUAUUGAAGAACACUCAUUAGUAUGUACCAGAGUUUCAGAAAACGUACUAGAAGUUGAAUCUGGAUCCUUCUUAACGCAAACGAACUUUAAACUUCAAAAACUUGAAAAAUGCUUAUCUGAUAUAGCGACUACUCCUGGGCUUCGCCCAGGAGACAAAAACUACAUAGCAAUUUUAUCACGGUUAUGCAGUAAAAUUUCCAACCUAAUUCCUCCAGCUUUUAAAGAUAAUACUGAAGUUCUUAAUUCCCUAAGCUCUUUAUUAGUCACCUUUCGAGGUUCUUUAUCUAUAAGAAUUUACGCUGACCGUUUACAGUCCUUAGCCCAAGACCAAAAAAUCGCCAUCCAAGAAUACGAAAUUGAACAAAAAAAACAAGAAGUCGACAAGCUAAGGACAGAUGUUGAAAAAUACAAAUCCAGAGCCACAAUACUACAAAGAACGCUAUUAAAACAUCCAGGAAUUAAAGAAACCGAAAUAAAUCGGAAAUUAGAAGAAAUUUCUAGUGAAAUUUCCAGCUUCAGAAGUGGAAAUACCUCAGCGGUAAGUUCAUCCACUUUUGAUGAAGAUACAACAAAAGUUGAAGAAUACGAAGAAAAUAUUCCGGAGAGGUCAAGCAGCGCUGACAAUUUACAGAGGUUUUUUUAUUCGAUUUGUCUUGGGAUUAAAAUGAAAUCAGCAACAAAUAGCCAAAUACAAAAUAUUGAUAUACAAAAACUUUAUAAUGAGGUCCAGAAAAAUAAUGUGCCAAUAGAAAAUUGGAAUGCGUGGGUAAUACAAGCUUUGAAAAACCCUGAAAGGUGGAUUGAAAGGAAAAUUAAGGGAAAUAGAAGAAGGCAGCCGAGGAGCUCAUUUUUGAAAGAGCAAUAUUUUGAAACGAUUGUUGAAGAAGAAGCGUAA